AAAAAGCGCUGCCACCCACCCCAGGUCCUCCCGUCCAAAUAAGAUAUUCCACCCUCCUACCGUUUCUCCUUUCAAUAACCAACGGCACUCUCUACCCUACCUCCCCCGAUCGCUACCAAGGAAAAGAGAGAUCGUUCUCUUCUCUCUUUUCUUUGGGUUCUUUUGGUUUCUUGUGAGGGAGAAGGGUUUGAUAUGGCGACGGAGAACGGGGCGGAGGAGAUCGUCGAACGGACCGUGAGCGGCCGGGAGCUCGAAUACUCCGGCUGGGUCUACCACCUCGGCGUCAAUUCGGUCGGCCACGAGUACUGCCACCUCCGGUUUCUCUUCCUAAGGGGCAAAUAUGUCGCCAUGUUCAAGAGGGAUCCUCAUGAGAACCGUGGCAUCAAACCCAUUAGGAAAGGUGUUAUAAGUCCUACUCUCAUGGUGGAGGAGGUAGGGCGUCGGAAAGUCAAUCAUGGGGAACUUUAUGUUCUCAGGUUCUACAACCGAUUGGACCAGACCAAAAAAGGAGAAAUUGCUUGUGCUUCUCCAGGAGAGGCACAUAAAUGGAUGGAGGCAUUUGAGCAGGCCAAGCAACAGGCUGAGUAUGAUCUUCUCAAAGGGAGUGACAGAAACAGACUAAGCAUGGACUCUGAACUCAACCUAGAAGGGCAUCGACCUAGAGUGAGGCGAUAUGCACAGGGUUUGACCAAGCUUAUAAGAAUAGGAAAAGGUCCAGAGAUGCUUCUUCGGCAGUCUUCAGAUCUCGGAACUAAUGUGAGGACAAGCACAUAUUUUGAUGGUGAUAUGGGAGAUGCUUUUGAAGCUCAGGAUUGGAGAUGCGUUCGUAUUGUUAAUGGUGUAAGAAUUUUUGAGGAUGUGGCUGAUUUGAAGGGUGCAGAAGGUUGCCUUCUUAAGUCUGUUGGAGUUGUUGAUGCAAAUGUGGAUACUGUCUUUGAGGUGGUUCUCAGCCUUGAUAGGCAUAAGAGAAAUGAGUGGGAUAUGUUAACGUCUGACCUAGAAUUGGUGGAUUCGGUGGAUGGGCACUACGAUGUUGUUUAUGGAACAUAUGAUCCAAAAUUUUUAACAUGGUGGAACUCACAGAAGGAUUUUGUUUUCUCAAGACAGUGGUUUCGUGGUCAAGAUGGGGCAUAUACCAUUUUACAGUUUCCCGCUGUCAGCAAGAAUCGACCUCGAAGAUCUGGUUAUAAACGUACAAAAAUCAAUCCUUCCAUUUGGGAAAUUAGAACACUAAACACAUCAGAGUCUUCAACUGCAAAAUGCCUUGUGACUCAGAUGUUGGAAAUCCGUUCAAGUGUCUGGGGUAGAUGGAAGAGACAGCGCAUCUCCAAUUUUGAGAAAACCAUUCCUUAUGCUUUACUAUGCCAAGUAGCAGGAUUAAGAGAAUAUUUUGGAGCAAAUCCUGCCUUAAUAUCUGAGUCUUCCUCCCCAACUGUGCAUUCAAAAAUCUCUUACAUUUCAAGUGACCAGGAUGCAUUUGAGGAAUCUGAAGUUAAGGAUGAGUUCUAUGAUGCAAUAGCAAAUGAUGAUUCAUUGGAAGAUGAAGAUAGUGAUGAUGAUGUCGAACUCUCCAAGGAUGGAAAAAUCAGACUAAAGAAUGUUUCAUGGGCCAUUGCAAGCUUGGCUUUGAAGCGAAGUACAGCUUUGGUCGAGAAUAAUGAGCUGAACGUCAACUUUCCUCCAAUCACCAUUGAUCCAAGUCAAUUUCAUGGUUCAUUGCAUCAAGGAAAAGGUGAAACUGACACUAACUGCUGGACUACUCCUAGUGGUCAAGGGUUUAUGAUAAGAGGGAAGACCUACUUGAAAGAUCACUCUAAGGUUGUGGGAGGAGAUCCUCUUCUGAAGCUCAUUGCAAUUGACUGGUUCAAGGCUGAUUGUAACAUUGAUAAAGUUGCAUUGCAUCCCAAAUGCCUUGUUCAGUCAGAAGCUGGAAAACAACUGCCAUUCAUUCUCAUUAUAAACUUAGAGAUUCCAGCAAAACCAAAUUACAGCUUGAUUCUUUAUUAUGCAGCGGAGAGGCCUGUGAAUAAGCAAUCUUUGUUGGGCAGAUUUGUAGAUGGAACUGACAUGUUUCGGGAUGCAAGAUUCAAACUAAUACCAAGUAUUGUAGAGGGCUAUUGGAUGGUCAAGCGAGCAGUGGGAACCAAAGCUUGCCUAUUGGGGAAAUCGGUGACAUGCAAGUACCUCCGUCAAGAUAAUUUUCUAGAGAUUGAUGUUGAUAUUGGCUCCUCAUCUGUCGCAAGGAGUAUAAUCAGUUUGGUUCUUGGAUACAUCACAGGCAUUGUUGUUGACCUUGCCAUCCUGAUUGAG